UCUGUUUAGUGAAUUGAGCGGAAAUUUUAUCCAAUUUCUACAGUAAAGAUAAAUUGUUCAUUUUGUUACGUAUUUUUGAUGACUUGAUAAAAUUAUACACUGGUUACUCCAGUUGAGUAAAAAUGGAUAAAUCAAGGAAAGUAGCGUUUGAGGAAGCGUUAAAUUUAACCAGUUUCGGCAGAUACAACUACGUUACAUUAUUGGUGAACGUUUUAGUGAUACUCAGUGUCGUGUUUGAGAUUUAUUCCGUUUCUUAUGUCGUACCAACAAGCGCCUGUGACUUGAAGACUACAGUUUAUCAACAGGGGUUGAUUGCUAGUAUUCCCAUGGCCGGUAUUAUAAUGACAUCGAAUUUUUGGGGGUACCUGGCUGAUACGAGAGGCAGACGGAAAAUAGUUAUCCUGUCUCUCUUACUCUCAUUCUUUUCUAGCACUCUGGCCUGUUUUUCACCAAACUGGAUAUGUUUAUUUAUAUUUAAAUUCAUUUCGUCUACUGCCUUGGCUGGCACAUAUCCUUUAGGAUUGACAAUACUCGGCGAAUUUACUCCUGCGCAUAAGAGAGCUAUGAUGGUGGCUAUGAUUGGGACAGUAUUUACAAUGUCAUUUGGUUUGCUAGGAAUACUAUCGAUACCAAUAUCCAACCUAAAGUUCUCAUAUCACGUGCCAAUCUUGGAUAUAAACCUGGUUCCCUGGCGUCUUCUAAACUUCUUGACCACGACACCAGCUGCCAUUGCCGCAUUUGCCACUUACCUUACAUAUGAGACACCGAAGUUUCUUUUAAGUGUGGGAGAAGAAGAGAAAGCUUUAGCUGUAUUAAGAAGAAUGUUUGAGAUAAAUACUGGCAAAGGAAGAGAGGAAUAUCAGGUACAAUCCUUAUUCCUGGACGAAUCGAGUUCGGAGCCGAGUAAGAGCUUAUGGGCAUCGAUAAAAUCUCAAACAACGCCAUUGCUUAAGCCGCCGUUACUCAAAAAUACUCUUAUUCUCUCCUUUUUAUUCAGUAUCGUAUACUUUGUUAUUAAUCCAUUCUACGUCUGGUUACCCGUAGUAGCAAAUGCUAUAGUACAAACCAAGAACAAUGGCCAAAUUGGCCUAACCCUAUGCGAAACACUUCGGUAUUCUGAAAAUCUCGUUAUUGAACAGAGUAAUGAAUGUGCAAUGAAUAGUACGGCGAUGUUCACUGUAUUUCUAGUGACUCUGGUCUUAGGAAGUUUAAACGCCUUUCUCAGUGCAACCAUUGAACAUAUUGGUAAAAAGAGGCUUCUUAUUUGCGUCCAGAUAGUCUCAGGUCUGACAGGCCUGGGCAUUAACUUCAGUACUCACUGGGCUAUGAACAGUGUUUUGUUUCUUCUGUUCUUGGUUGGGAUACUUAAUUUCGGCUUCCUCUGCACCUUUAGUGUUGAUAUGUUUCCAACGUAUGUCAAGGCAAUGGCAAUUUGUCUCUCGAUGAUGAUCGGCAGAGGUGUGUCUGUGAUUGGUAUCAAUGUGGUCAAGAGUAUGUUGAGCUAUAAUUGCGAACUGGCAUUUUACUGCUUUCCAGCAUUGGCUUUCGUUGGAGCAUUUACUGGUUUCCUCCUGCCGGGUGAUAAGAUAAAUUAAGGAAAAGAAAAUCGUAUUUAAGAAGUACUUGUAUUUUAAUGGGUAAUAAGCAAUGUCUACGAGAUAUCUGCGCCGGUAGAUAUUAUCGCACCAGUUAUCUCGCAGUUCAUAACCUCAUCA